CAAAAUAUUCCAUCUGUCGGAAGGUCACACGCAUGGCUGUGUUUGGAAACUGUGAAGGAAGGGAUGCAAGGUUUUAAUGAUUGUAUUCUACGUAUGAUAAACAGGUAGUCCAUGCAAAUAUGUUGAAGAAUCUUGUGAGAUUACAGAGUCGACUGGGAUGUGCCCUGUCUUCCCGCACUGUUUACCCUAAAGCAUGUGAAGCUAUUCUCCCUGGUGUUUCAGUGGAUUGUAAAGCAUACUCCUCUGCUGUAACAGAAAGAAAGAAAUUCUAUGAAGAUGUCAGCAUAUCGCAAGGAGAGGGUGGUUUGUUUGAGAUCAACCUGGACAAACGGAAACUGAAAACACCUGGAGGGAAGCUCUUCGCUGUCCCAAACGAAGCCCUUGCCAUUGCUGUGGCAACAGAGUGGGAUGUUCAGAGGGACACACUCAAAUUCUACACCAUGCACAUGACCACUCUCUGCAACACAGCUAUAGAUAACCCCACACAGCGUGACAAGGAACAGAUGAUCACCGCUGCCCUCAAGUUUCUGGAAACAGACACUAUCUGUUUCAGAGUAGAUGAACCCCCAGGUCUUGUGGAGCUGCAGAAGAAUGAGUGGGACCCUGUGUUGAACCGGACUGAAGACAGAUACAACGUUGUUAUUGGCUCUUCCUCCAGCAUACUGGGGCCAGACAUCCCAGAGGCCACCAAAGCUACCUUCCAUCAGCACCUACGCUCCUAUAACUUCUGGUCCAUGACAGGGCUGGAGUUUGUGAUCACCCAGUUGAAGUCCGUGGUCCUCGCCUUAGGACUGAUUGACAGACACCUGACAGUGGAACAGGCUGUGCUGCUGUCACGGCUAGAGGAAGAGUACCAGAUCCAGCAUUGGGGAAGCGUAGAGUGGGCUCAUGACUACGACACGCACGAGCUGAGGGCGAGGACAGCCGCCGGCGCUCUGUUUGUCUACCUGACCUCCGAAAGCUCAACCAUCAAACGCAAACUCCUUCAGGACUGACCUCUGAGCCUUCUGGACUUUCUCUCUCAUCCACACACACACAUGCACAGACAACAUGCAUAUACACACAGGGCACACAAACAACAGACCUGAUUCUGCUUCUGAAGAUUAGAACUUAGAUCCUGUUUUGUCCUUCUGUUGGUAAACUUAUUAAAUGACUUGCUCUGUGA